CAUGGUACCUGGAGCUCGUUCGGUCAACACGCCAUCAACUGUUUGGCCAGACAUGUGAAACCUCAGAAUACUGUCAUGCCGAGUGCCACAUGCUUGUCAGACUAAUAUCCCAGGCUGUACAACCUUGAGAACUUCCUCAGCACGCCGCUCCAAUGCGAACAGCACCCGUCAAUUCAUUAUGUCCUACAAUGGACGUAGCAAGACGCAGGCCAAAAAGCACCCGUAUCUUACUGGAAACUUCGCACCGGUAACCCAAACAUGGACGCCAACGCCCGUUACCUGGACGGGAACCCUCCCCAAAGAACUCAAUGGCGGCAUGUAUGUUCGUAACGGAGGCAACCCCAUGGCCAAUGCCGAUCUUGGACGUGAGGCCCACUGGUUCGACGGCGAUGGCAUGCUCUCAGGAGUCUGGUUCAGCCGUUCACCCAACAAUGCCAACGAGCUUGAUGUUCAGUUCGUCAACCAAUUCGUCCUGACGGAUGUGUUACUGUCUCAAGUCGAGAGCAGCACACUCCGGACACCGAUCUUGCCUAGUAUUGCAACCUUGACAAACCCUGCUUCGAGCCUUUUCUGGAUCAUCUGGAGGAUUAUGCGCACCGUCUUUAUCGUUCUAUUAUCACAUCUACCUGGCUCGGGCUUCGCCGUCAAGCGCAUUAGCGUUGCCAAUACGAGUGUUCUAUAUCAUGAUGGAAGAGCAUUGGCAACAUGCGAAAGUGGCCCUCCUAUGCGCCUUACACUACCUGGGCUGGAAACCGUGGGCUGGUUCGACGGGAAUACAGUAGAAGGCGAACCUGAGAGUGAGGACAAGAAGGAAGAACCUACACUUGGUGGGACAGGCCCGUUGAGCUGGAUGCGCGAAUGGAGUACUGGUCACCCUAAAGUCGACAACGCAACGGGCGAACUGGUCCUAUUCCACUGCAGCUUUGCCCCACCGUAUGUCCAGUACUCACUCAUACCGCCUACGGGCUCGAAUAUCGAGGAUCACCACUCAUCGGACGAUGCAAGUCGAAUCAUCAACGCUGCGGUCCCUGGGUGUACAGGCGGAAAGCUCAUGCAUGACUUCGGUGUGUCCAAACACAACACUGUCAUCCUUGAUCUUCCGCUUAGUCUAUCACCUCUCAACCUUGCGAAGAAUUCACCAGUGGUGGCGUACGAACCCUGGAAGCCCUCUCGAUAUGGUGUCUUCCCCCGUCAACAUCCAGAAGCGGUGCGCUGGUUCGAGACCGAUGGUUGCUGCAUCUUCCACACAGCCAACACGUGGGAUGAGUAUGACGCUGAUGGUAACGUAGCCGCAGUCAGCCUUCUGGCAUGCCGCCUCACGUCUGCUUCUGUUGUAUUCAGUGCUGGAAACAUCACGCCCCCGCCGCACCCAAACCAUAAGGACGUAAUACGCGAGAAGCCCAUGUCUUUCUUCGCCAAAUACGAUGAUGAAGUCGACAGACAGGAUCCUGAAAAGAUGGACGAGACAUCACCCUUGAUAUCUUACAAAGAUGCUGUGCCCAACUCACUCGGCGCAUCCUCAGGUUUGCCAAUAUCCGACGAUGACGAAGAACAGUGUCGACUGUACUAUUACAGAUUCUCUUUGGAAUCAGCAACCGAAAAUGUCAUCACGCACCAGUUCGCCCUCGCGGCCAUACCCGUAGAGUUUCCUACAGUUUCGCCUUUGACCGCCAUGGACUCUGCACGCUACAUUUACGCUUGCAGCACGUCAAACGAAUCUUUUGGCGCCGCGCUGGGUAAAGCCAGCAAAAUUGAUAUUCUUGUCAGAUUUGAUGUAAAAGCUCUGCUUGUAAGGGCUCAAGUCGAACCACCAGAUGCAGUUACAGGCUGUGUAGACAACCGUACUCUCAGCCAGAUCAUGGCCUCCAGCGACCCCAACGAUCCGAUCAAGGUCUUCAGGUUCCCACCAAAACAUUACGGACAGGAAGCUACGUUUAUCCCUCGCUCAAGGCGCGGUUCUGCAAUCAACAAGAAUACUGCUUUCGACGAGGACGACGGUUACCUUGUCUUCUACGUGUUCGACGAGCACCAGUUGAAUGAGGACGGCGAGUGUAAAGAGGAUGCGAAGAGCGAACUCUGGGUUCUGGAUGCUCAGACGAUGGCACGAGUCGAAUGCAAAAUCCAGUUGCCAACUCGCAUUCCGUAUGGUCUUCAUGGCAACUGGUUCACAGAGGAGCAGAUCGCUCGUCAGAAGGGAGUGGAGAUGGUACGGGCGCUGCCGGCAGCCGCUACGGAUACCAGGUGGAGUCGCAUCAAGCGAAGCAUACAUGGGCGUUUGGGUUGAUACCAAUGUACACAUAGCAUGAGCAUACGGCGUUUGAAGCUACACAUAGGCAUGCAUAUUGUCCAUAAUGAUAAUAAUUCACGACACACAAAUUAAUUGUUCAAUUUGCGCAAAGCACGAGCUC